AAACAAGAGUAAGGGGUCUUACUGAAUAUUUUCUGGGAAAUAGAUAUAAAAUUUAAGUAAGGUGAGCAGGAGGAAAGAAGGGCCGUGUGUCUCUUGUAACUGGAAUUGCAGAAGUGAUGGGGUUCGGGGGGGUGUAGUUAGACUCCUUGUGGGUCAAGUUGAUUGCCACUUCAGGUGUUCCCAGUAGGAUUUCUGGGGUGUUUAAAGAGUGGGUUUUCCCAGCGCCACCCUCCGCUAAAUUUCCAUGGCGGAGCAGGGAUUGGAACCUGACUCUCCUGUGUGUUAGUCUGACCCUCUUUCUGUAUUGGCUCUCAGUGCAGACUUGGGGUUGACGUGCAUUUGUAUUCCUGAAAUCCUGGCCUCGAAUCGAAGGAUGAAGUCCCUCUGGUACAGACCCACUGAAUCAGUGGGGCUUCUCAAAGCCUUUGUUUUUAAAGAAGGCUCUGUGCUGUUGGCCGCUGUGUAUUCCCACAUUUGUCAACGGGACGUUUUAAAGAACCGAUACAGAAAGUGUGGGAAAAUUCUGGAGGCCCAGAUGUUUUGGACCACAAUUCCCAUCAGCCAAAGUCCUGGGCCCCCAAAUUCCCCCACUUCUGAGAAUGUGCAGAUACAGCUGGCCACAGAGUGAGGUCAGGAACCGCCCUCCACCUUUCUGGGUUGGACAGCCGCCUGCACCCUUCCAAAGCCAGGGGCCAAUCUGCCUCCUCUAAGGCAUUGGUGGACUACGUUUCCCAUCAACCCCAGCCAGAGAGGUUUGGAUUUUGGGAGGACGGGAUUGAAGGAGUCAAGUUGCCCGCUUUGCCUCAAGAUGGUCCUUCUUCUGACGUCCCGACGAAACAAGGAUGCCUGCCAAGAGCCUUUUUAGUGAAAAAGGCACAGAAGCGACUUAACAGAAACCUAUGGUUCUCAUUCAAGAAUGUUCCCCCAAAACCGGCCCCCGGCCCACCUCCAGGCACCCCCCGUCGUGACCGCUGCCGCCGCCAGCGUCGUUUCUGCCACCCCGCAGUCCCUGAAGCUCACUUACCCGGAGAUUCUGGACCGGAUCAAGGAGGAAUUCCAGUUCUUGCAAAACCAAUACCACAGCUUGAAGCUUGAGUGUGAGAAGCUGGCAACCGAAAAAACGGAGAUCCAGCGCCAUUAUGUCAUGUAUUACGAAAUGUCGUACGGGUUGAACAUAGAAAUGCAUAAACAGACAGAGAUUGCGAAGCGGCUCAAUGUCAUCUGUGCGCAGCUAAUCCCCUUCCUUUCUCAAGAGCAUCAACAGCAAGUGGUCCAGGCAGUGGAGCGAGCCAAGCAGGUGACUAUGGCUGAACUGAACGUGGCUAUCGGGCAUCAGCUGCAGGCGCAGCACCUCUCUCAUCAUGCGCCACCCAUCCCGCUAACCCCGCACGCCUCCAGCCUCCAGUCGGCCAGCCUUGCCACCCUCAGUGGGGCUUCGGGGCUGCUGGCCUUAUCCGGUGUGCUGGGUGCCCAGUCUCCGCUGGUUGCCAAAGACGACCGAGGAGUCCUGGACGCCGAUCUCAGAGAGAGAGACCCAGGCCCCAGUUCCUUAGCGCUAUCAAACGGGGAAAGAAUGCGUGCCAUUUCGGAGUACUUGAACAGCAGCAAAAAGAGGAAAACAGAGGAGAAAGAAUAUGGCACCGACUACGGCAGCGAUGGGGACAAGAGCGAGGAUAACCUUGUGGUCGAUGAGGACCCCGCUUCACCCCAUAGCAUCCACUCCUUCUCAUCACGGGAGAAUGGGGUGGACAAAGCCCCCCUCCCGAGGAAAGAGACGGCCCCGCUCAGCCCCACGUCCAUGGCAUCCUCCAGUAGCGCCUCCCCUCCCCGGACUACAAAGGAAAUGGCCACGGUGGAGAAAGCGGCCACCCCUGGUUUGAAGUCGAGCACCCCAACGUCACAAGGCGAAGGGCCGGCACCAGGUUCCUCCAGCACUAGCAGCAACACACCCCAGUUUCGCCCCGGAGUCGCAAAGCAAACGGUGGAGUCACUUGCCUUGAGCCUGCGCAACCCACUGACCGUCCAGAGCUCCUACCAGGCGGCGUUCAACGUGGCCCACGCCUCCGUCAAUGGCGACCUGGCUGGCGCAGGGGCCUACGCGGGACUGCACCUCAUGAGCCCGCAGCUCAACGGGGCCGCCGUGGUUGGGGCCACCGCUUACGGCCGGUCUCCGCUGGUUGCCUACGAUCCUCACUCCCAUUUGCGAGUCCCGGGCCUCUCGACAGGAAUGCCGACGCGGGUGUCGUCAGCGAAGCCGGCGUACUCCUUCCACGUGGGCGCCGACGGGCAGAUGCAGCCGGUUCCCUUCCCGCCCGACGCCCUCAUCGGCACCGGCAUCCCCCGGCACGCCCGCCAGCUCCACACCCUGAAUCACGGCGAGGUGGUCUGCGCCGUCACCAUCAGCAACUCCACCCAGCACGUCUACACGGGCGGAAAGGGAUGCGUGAAGGUGUGGGACGUGGCGCAGCCGGGCCCCAAAACCCCGGUGGCUCAGCUAGAUUGCUUGAACCGAGAGAACUACAUCCGGUCCUGUAAGCUCCUCCCGGACGGACGGAGCCUUAUCGUUGGCGGGGAAGCCAGCACCCUCUCCAUCUGGGACCUGGCCACCCCAACGCCGAGGAUCAAGGCGGAGCUGACCUCCUCGGCCCCCGCCUGCUACGCCUUGGCCAUCAGCCCGGACGCCAAGGUCUGCUUCUCCUGCUGCAGCGACGGCAACAUCGUGGUGUGGGACCUCCAGAACCAGACGCUGGUGAGGCAGUUCCAGGGGCACACCGAUGGCGCCAGCUGCAUCGACAUAUCCAACGACGGCACCAAACUCUGGACGGGGGGCUUGGACAACACCGUGCGGAGCUGGGACCUUCGGGAAGGCCGGCAGCUUCAGCAGCAUGACUUCAGCUCCCAGAUCUUCUCCCUGGGGUACUGCCCCACCGGCGAGUGGCUGGCCGUCGGGAUGGAGAGCAGCAACGUCGAGAUCCUCCAUGUGGCGAAGCCGGAGAAGUACCAGCUUCACCUCCACGAGAGCUGCGUCCUGUCCCUCAAGUUUGCCUCUUGCGGGAAAUGGUUUGUAAGUACUGGAAAAGACAAUUUGUUAAAUGCUUGGAGGACACCUUAUGGGGCCAGUAUAUUCCAGUCAAAAGAAUCAUCCUCCGUCCUCAGCUGUGACGUCUCCAUGGAUGAUCAGUUCAUCGUCACCGGUUCUGGGGACAAGAAAGCGUCGGUCUACGAGGUCAUGUAUUGAGGCCAAUCAGCGCCUGCGUCAAAGCUGAAACCUUUUCUUCCCAGCCAAAGAAUCCGUUUUACAGAAAACCUCUCUCCAGACUGAGGAGGACAAGGGGAGGUUCCCCAUAAAUCCAGGAAAGAGACAGGCUUUUCCAGCUAAAGAUGAUGGAAGAGAAGAAGACAAAUCUUCAAGAGGACUCUUGACCUUUGUUCCUUGUUUGUAUUUUGAAGGGGAGCUGAAGGUGGUCUGUCUUUCGUGUGGGUGUGCGUGCGCGUUUAAAUCCAAUCUCCUUGGAACGGU